AGUUACAACCAACUCGUCGUCUUUAACAACAUGGUCCAAGUUAUCUGGUCUUGAGAAAAUUUUAAUUUUUUCGAAUAUCAGCGCCGUUAGCCUAUUAAUUCUACAGAGCAUUUGCUUCAUCGUGUUCGCAAUUAAAGUACGGAAGAGGAAACGGAAAUUGAAAAUGAAACUCGUUUCUAAAGAGGAAUUGACAGAAGAGAAUGAGACUGUGAGAUACAGCCGACAGCCUUUGAAACAGAGAUCGAACCCCGAAAUAUAUGAAUCAUUAAAGGAUUUGAUUGACGAACCGCCUCCUCCGCCGUCCAUUGAUACAUUGCCCAGAAACAAAAUAUCUCAGUUCAAGAAACAACUGUCAUCGCCAGAUGGCGCCUGCACUGACAGAAAAAUUACAAGUCCCACUGAAAGGCCAAGGUAUCCCUUACCACAUGAAACUGAGAGUAAGCUCGAGGCUCCUCCGUUACUAACAAAGAGCAAUGACUUCGCCACUCUGCCCACAAGGACUCCACAGUUUAGACGUCUGCAACCAGCAAUGAUGCAAACCCUUCCAACAAGACAACGUUCACGACAACCGGCACAACAUCGCGUUCUGAACUCAGCAACAUCUACACAAAAACCAACCUUGCUGCCCCGUCCACAACUGUCCCCGGGUUACCGAAGUCCUUCAGAUAUAAAUAACAUCCCUACAGGCCACUUCCAUUUCACCAGAUCGCCGGAACCGAAUCUCCUACCCUCACUGUCUAAAGAACAUCAGACGCAUCAAGCCAACACACGCUCACAACAGCAAGUUCAAAAGUCAUACAUUGACCACGAAUUGAUGCUGAAAUUGAAGAAGAGAGCGGCGUUGAUACCAGAAUCUUCAGACUCCUCAAACGAGCUAACUACCGAUCAUUCAAUUGCCACUCAGCGGCCAAACUUCAAACAUCAAACACAGAGGUUUUUUAAACCUCCACCGCAUACACCUCGCGAUUCAGAAGACUCGUACGGGUGGGUGGAUAACUUCAACGAAAUUGUGCCCUUGGAACCUAUCAACUUGUACAACAUGUAAUACUGUAAAUAUAUAUAUAAAAAAUAAAAACAUCAUCUAUAAUAAAUAAUUAUUUAUUUCUUAUCCUCGUCUGUUAGAUCGAUUUUUUUAGUUUCUUGUAUAAUUUCGUCAAUCCUAUGUAGAUCUUUCAGCGACAUUUCACCAGAUCCCCUCUCCAUCGGCUUCGGUUGCGACGGAUCUGGUUUCCAUCCGAGGAAG